CCAUGGCGGGUGUGGGGGCGCGGCCGCGGGCCCGGGCCUGGCUCUGAGGGGGCUCCCGCCACCUCCCCGCGCUCCUGUCGCCUCUCUGACCACCCCGCGCCGCCCGCCCCGGCCCGCUUCGCCCCGGCCUGCCGCGGAGAUGGCGUCGGGGCUGCGCGCCGCCGGGUUCCCCCCCUGGAAGCGGCACAUCGCGGAGGAGCUGCGGCGGCGGGACCGGCUACAGCGCCAGGCUUUCGAGGAGAUCAUCGCCCAGUAUAACAAGCUGCUGGAGAAGUCAGACCUUCAUGCAGUGCUGGCUGAUAAACUUCAAGCAGAAAAAUAUGACAUGCAGAGCAGACAUGAGAUCAGCCCAGGACAUGAUGGCACAUGGAACGACGCUCAGCUGCAGGAACUGGCCCAGCUGAAGAUAAAGCACCAAGAGGAGCUGACUGAGCUGCACAAGAAACGUGGCGAGCUGGCCCAGUCUGUAAUCGAUUUGAACAACCAAAUGCAGCAGAAGGACAAAGAGAUGCAGAUGAAUGAAGCCAAGAUUGCAGAGUAUUUGCAGAAGAUUUCCGAACUGGAAACAGAGUGCCAGGAAUUGCGUAGCAAACUGCAAGAUCUUGAGCGAGCUAAUCAGACCCUGAAAGAUGAAUAUGAUGCUCUCCAGAUCACCUUCAAUGCCUUGGAGGAGAAACUAAGGAAAACUACUGAGGACAACCAGGAGCUGGUCUCACGUUGGAUGGCAGAGAAAGCACAAGAAGCCAAUCGUUUGAAUGCAGAAAAUGAAAAGGAUUCAAGGCGACGCCAGGCCAGGCUGCAGAAGGAGCUGGCAGAAGCUGCCAAAGAACCCUUGCCUGUUGAACCCAGGGAUGAUGACAUCGAAGUGCUUGCAGAUGAAACCUCUGACACAGCUGAGGAAACCUCUCCAGUGCGAGCUGUCAGCCGGACAUCCAGUAAGCGACUCUCCCAGCCAGCUGGAGGCCUUCUGGACUCUAUCAGUAAUAUCUUUGGGAGGCGUUCUCUGUCCUCAUUCCCUGCACCUCAGGAUAAUGCAGAGCCACAUCCAGGUGCCAGUAAAGAAGUGAGAGUGCCCACUACUGCCAUUUGUGUCUUUGAUGCACAUGAUGGGGAGGUGAAUGCGGUGCAGUUCAGCCCUGGCUCCCGGUUACUAGCAACAGGAGGCAUGGACCGGAGGGUUAAGCUUUGGGAAGUCUUGGGAGAUAGGUGUGAGCCCAAAGGUUCCCUCUCUGGCAGUAAUGCUGGGAUUACAAGCAUAGAAUUUGAUAGUGCUGGUUCUUACCUCUUAGCAGCUUCAAAUGACUUUGCCAGCAGAAUCUGGACAGUUGAUGACAAUCGAUUACGGCACACCCUUACAGGUCACAGUGGUAAAGUGCUGUCAGCCAAGUUCUUGCUGGACAAUGCACGUAUUGUUUCGGGAAGUCAUGACCGGACCCUCAAGCUCUGGGACCUCCGCAGCAAAGUUUGUAUAAAAACAGUGUUUGCAGGAUCUAGCUGCAAUGACAUCGUGUGUACUGAGCAGUGUGUAAUGAGUGGACAUUUUGAUAAGAAAAUUCGUUUCUGGGACAUCAGGACUGAAAGCAUAGUAAAAGAACUGGAGUUGCUUGGAAGAAUCACAGCUCUGGACCUGAACCCGGAGCGAACAGAGCUUCUGACCUGUUCCCGUGAUGAUCUACUCAAGAUCAUUGAUCUGCGCGUCAGUGCUGUCAAGCAGACGUUCAGUGCCCAGGGAUUCAAAUGUGGCUCUGACUGGACAAGAGUUGUGUUCAGCCCUGAUGGUAACUAUGUGGCUGCUGGCUCAGCUGAUGGGGCCCUGUACAUUUGGAAUGUGCUUACUGGGAAAUUGGAGAGGACGCUUGCAAAGCAUCACAGUUCUUCUAUCAAUGCAGUCACGUGGUCACCAUCGGGUGCCCAUGUGGUCAGUGUGGACAAAGGAAACAAGGCUGUGCUGUGGUCUGAGUUCUGACUGACGGAGGGUGAAAGGCUGAGUGUGGUGGUGCUGGUCCGUGGCUGCACAGCAUGGAGACCCGAGCCCAGAUCCAUCCAGAGUCAGGAUAUUGACAAGCACAUGGGCUUUGCUUUCCAGAGGGAAGUUCUAAAGCGAUGGAGAAAGGAGCCUGAGUCAGAGACUUCUAUGGCCAUAACUGCACUGUGGCACUUGGACUCAGAAUGGGAUUAGCUGUUGUAGAUGGAGAAUGCUACUUAGUCAUGCCUUUAUUUGCAGUAUCUAUGCACCACGUGGAGCUGAAGAUACUAGUGGGAUUCCUCACCAGACAGCUGUGCCAAAUAUCCUGUCACACAAAUGUAUCUACAGCACUUCUGAGGUGGAAACUUUGGAAAGAAGUCAUUGUGUAUGCUGACUUAAAGCAUGUUCUGUCUCCUGUGUUCUGUUCUGGUGGCCUAGUUCAGGCAUGGGGUGAGAUGAUCCUGAAACACAUCCUAGGCAGUUUGAAGUGUUGGAACAGCUUUUAAAGAGGGUCUCCCAGGGCUCUGACAGCUCUGCCUUUGAGUCAUCAACUCGGUUUAGGUCCUGAUCCUGGCACAGGCUCUCCAGCACUGUCCUGUGAACUCUGUGUAUCGGUUCUUGAGGCAAUGGUUUGUUCUUCAGGACUUCUGCACCCUUGUGUUGAAAUGCCCUUCAACAGCCUGGGCAUCACAAAAUAGGAGGUUUUUUAAUCUUUUUAUACCACAGGCAGUUUGAUUAGUGGGUGUGAGGAGAGAGCUGAGCUUGGUGAGGGUGUUCUAGAAGUUGUGCUGCAGUGAUGAGGAAUGUAGUAAUCCUGUGACUUCUGUCCUGGAAUACAGAUGUUUGGUUCCUUUUUCUGUUCAUCCGUCCUGUCCUGGCGGCUGUCAGUACACAGGGGAGCAGUGGCAUCAAAUCCCAAAUCCAUUGUUUUGGUGCUGGCAAUUCCAGGCCACUUGCCCCGUUCUUGAGCACACGUGCAAUAUUCCCAUUUGCGCUGGACCCCUCUAUGGUACGGAGUGGUGUCUUAGCUCUGUCCCUGUUCUGGCACCCUAAACCAUGAUGUGUCUUGAGUGUGAGCUACCUGGCAUAUCUUUAUCCAGCCAAACCUUUCCACAUCAUCUGGGCCUCAAGACAAGCCACCAGCGUUUUAUUGCCUUUUUAUUUGCACUUUAUUUUCUUCUUUCCCAAUAGUGUUUUACUAUGGAAGUGUGUUCUUUGGAGGGGCUGGGUUGGGGGAGCUGGUCUGACAGGCUCCCUCUAACCCAGCCUUUCAUUCAGACACUUUCUGCAGAGGGGAAUUAGAGUACACGGGGCAAAGUUUUUAUUUAUUCAGCUGCCCAUAAGAACUUGAUUGUAAAUAAACUUGUGUUCUGCUUUUAAAACCCCA